CGUCAGGGUCCACAACCCUGGAUCAGAACAGCAGACACACUGGCGCACACAACACCCAACCGAGCGUCCUUGUUGCCAUGGUUGCAGCUCCUAUGGAUUAUACUUCUCACCUCAGACAUCACCACUGGAGAUGACUAUACCUUCGAGAGGAAAGAUUGGAAGGAUAACGAUGACAAGCUUGUUACCGGUGAAGCCAAACUCAAGGUCGAUUUCCCGAUGAAAAAUCUGACCAAGUAUCGAACCCAAACCGUCAGGCUACGAUGCGAAAUCACCGGCAACCCUUUCCCCAGCUACGCCUGGUUUAAGAACAACAUCACCAUCAGCGACAGCGACAAGAAGGACAACUCUAGGGUCAACGCAAGAACGACAAUUUGGGGAUCAAGGUUAAAAAUAUCCAACGCCGUGCCCUCAGACAGCGCCACCUACACGUGCAAGGCGACCAAUGCCAAGGGCGAAGAGAGCACGAGCGGGAUUUUAAUUGUCCGAAAUGAGGACCCACCCCCUUCUGAGGCGAAAGACGGCAACACGGAUUACGAUUAUAAAGAAACGGACACCCCCAUUGAUAGAGAUGGAGAUUUCAACGGCAGCUACGACAAAAGGACAUGGGUAUCUACCAAUGAGAAUACACCAAAAGAAGAAAAGCCCCCUCGUGUGAACCCGGAUAAAGAAAAAGACCGAGAGAAGGACGGGUUCUGCCAGGUCUACAAGGGCUCCACCUGCUCCUUGUACAUGGGCAACAGCAGUGUCUUCGUCAGGUCCAAGAAAACUCUCGCGGAGAGGGAGGAGAAAUUUAUUGCUGCCUUUGCCGUGAUCGGCGCUACACCCAAGCUGUCCGAUGCGUGCCAGAAAUACGGGAUCGAAUCCCUGUGUUACCACGCCUUCCCGCCCUGCGACGAGACGUCGUCCAAACCCAAACCUCGUCAGAUCUGCAAGGACGAGUGUGAGAGGUUGGAGUCUGAUAUCUGCAAGGCUGAGUAUCUGCUGGCCAAACGACACGAUCUGAUAGGAGAAACUUUGCUUCCAAAAUGUCACGAGCUGAAAGGCCCGGGGACGGAGGAGUACCAGAACUGCAAAAGACUGGGCAUCCCCCCGGGGGUUUAUCCCCAGGGUAGGGGAGAGAAGAAACCCUACGAGCGGCCGAAUGACGAACCAGAUGUGACCUGCUACAUGGGUACCGGUACCAAAUACGAAGGUAAAGUCAGCUUCACCAGAAGCGGUCACACUUGCAGGAGAUGGAAGGAUAUUCCAGAAUUCUCUGCUGUUGGUGAUCACAACUACUGUCGUAACCCCAGCAAGACUGAGGACAGUCCUUGGUGUUUUAAAGAUACCCGAGGGAAGGAACGAGAACUCUGCGAGAUACCAAAGUGUAGCGAGAACAACCACGGAGACUCCAACAAGCUCAUGUACAUCCUGAUCCCGUCCCUCACGGUGCCGCUCACCCUGGGGAUCCUACUAGCACUCGUCUGCUUCUGUCAAAAGUCGCGUAUUUCAAGGGUAGCCCGACCCAACGGCAAGCAAAGUCAACCGGUGGAGAUGAGCCCCCUGAACCCUAAAACUGCCAGCAGGGCACGGGAGUUCCCCAUGCACAACAUCCGGUUUCUGCAGGAACUCGGCGAGGGAGCCUUUGGGAAAGUCUACAAAGGGGAGCUCAUCGGAAUGUUCAGCGAGAGUUCCGUCACCAAGGUAGCCAUCAAGACACUCAAAGAGAACGCUCAACCAAAAGUACAAAAUGAUUUUCGCAGAGAGGUGGAUCUAAUGACAGAAAUGCGGCACCCAAACAUCGUCGGCCUUCUUGGCGUCUGCAUGAAGAAGGAGCCGAUGUGCAUGCUGUUUGAGUACAUGGCCCAGGGCGACCUCCAUGAGUACCUGCUCUCCCACUCGCCACACUCUGACGUCACUUCCGGGGAGGACGACAGCGGCACCGGAGCUGGGCAUAUCCUGGAGUACAAUGAAAUGCUUCACAUUUCAACACAGAUUGCAGCAGGCAUGGAGUAUCUGGCCAGUCACCAUUUUGUACACAGAGAUCUGGCUGCUAGAAAUAUUCUAGUGGCUGAAGGCCUUACGGUUAAAAUUUCAGAUUUUGGUCUAUCGCGUGAUGUGUAUUCAUCAGAUUAUUACCGGGUACAGAGUAAGUCUUUACUUCCUGUAAGAUGGAUGCCACCGGAAGCAAUUCUUUACGGGAAAUUCACAACAGACAGUGAUGUUUGGGCUUUUGGUGUUGUCCUUUGGGAAAUCUUCAGUUACGGCUUGCAGCCGUACUACGGGUUUUCUAAUCAAGAAGUUAUUGAAAUGAUUCGCUCCAGACAAAUUCUGGCAUGUCCUGAAGAAUGCCCUGCCAGAAUUUAUGGCUUGAUGGUGGAGUGUUGGCACGAAAUGCCAGCCAGGCGUCCGGCGUUUAGGGAGAUUCAUACAAGGCUGCGCACCUGGAGAGCUGAGGUCACCCCCAACGCUCCGUGGGCUCUGUCCCAGAGCCAGUCUGGCCACUCCAGCUCCACCCACCAAAGCACCCAGUCGCAGCCGUCCCACCACAGCAGCACCGGACCAAGCAACACCACGGCUGUCACUGGGUUGACAGGGAGCAGCAACACUUCUGAGCCCAGCCCGGGGCAGCCCAUGUACCCGCCUCCGUACACGCCUUACAAUCAUGGAGGGUCGUUGUCCCCCACCCCGUUUGGUGGCGGUGUGCCGCAGCAGCAGCAGCAACACCAACAGCAGAUGUAUCCUGGGAACGCAAUGAACAGCAUGCAAAUGCAUCCGCAGCAAUACAAGGCAAAUCCUUACAACGGCCAAAAUCAGUAUGUUCAGUAUCCCGGAGGCCAACCGGCUGUAUUAAAUCUCCAAAGUGGCCAAAUUCAGAUGCCAAGAAACAUGCCCCAAAACGUAACCCAAAACUUUGCAAAUGGCGUGGGAGCCAGCACUAACGGCCCCAGUAAAGUCUCCCCGGCAGGCUCUGUUGCCAGCUCCAAGUCCUCUAACAGCGCCUCAUCAACCAAUAACUUAGGUGUCACCGGGGGCACCGCCCCUAGACCAGGCAUGGCAGGACAAACCACCAACAGCCACACCAACCAAUCCGCGAGUGCCAGCCAAAAACAACACCCACAAAUGUACAUUGGGGGUGGAGCUUCAAGUGUUCCCACCCCGCCCCCUGUCAAUAUCCCAGAGUGCAAUGGUUUUAACAAUUUCUCUCAUUCUGGAUUCUCAGAUCAGCAGAGAACGUCAAACAUAUAGACAAUUGCAAGAACUUUGCUACUAGAACUCUUCUGCCUUUAAAAGAAUGUAAUUGAUUAUUUAUUUUUUAACACGUAGGAUGUAUUCAACUGUAUGGAAACACUUCUGUCAUGAAGCUGUGAUGCCUAACUUUAGUGUACAUUCAACCCAUUUUAAAACAAUGUUUUAACUAUCCAAAAGCUUUUUAAAAAAAUAAUGUAAUUUUUAUAAACAUAAAAAUUAUAGUUUUAUUAAAAUGUCCAUGAAACAUCUUCAGUACCAAAUAACAGCAUUUUCUCAUUGUAUGUAUAAAAAAAAAACAUACCUUUGAAUAUCUGAAACAAAAACUAAAUAAUAAAAUAAAAAAUGCAACCAAUUAACACAACAAAAAGUAAAUAUUUGGACGUAAUAAUAUAAACGCAUUAAUAAUUUUAGUUUCUGCUGGUUUACGGCAAACAAAAUGUUUUUUUUUUUUAGAAAUAUAGGAUUUAUAAAUAUGAAUUUUAUCUGUUUUUGUUCAAACAUUUUCAUUACUCCUGUUGAGAAAUGUCACAGCCAGUCACUGUAUUACAAUUAAAUAUGACUCAAAUUAUGAAAACUAGUCACAUCAGUGGGCUAUGUAACAUAUCACUGGGGGAAAAAUAAUAUUCAUUCAGCAUUUAAUAAUGUUUUCCAUUUCAGUGUAAAAAGUUUAAUGUGGUGAACAUCUGUCAAAUGUAUCACACGUAAUUUGUCGCAUAUAAUCUGUAAAUAUGUUUUCUAAUAUUGAGACUUAAAUGUUUAUUUUUUCUCAUCUUCGAAAACAAUAUUUAAUGUCAAUAGGAGUAUUUUGUAUGCUACUAAAGCUAAAAUGAAUUGGAUGAACAUAUUUUAGAAAUUUGUUUAUAUUCAUACAUUAAACUAUGUUCGGCAUUAAUUAUUUGGCAAGUAACAAAUAUAUUUCUGUUAUACAGAGAAUAAUAAUAGUUUUAUUUUCUUCACAUUGCCUUGAGGUAAAAUGAAAUGAUAAAAAUAGAUUUUUUUUGUUGACGGUAUCUGUGACAUUUUAGGCUAAUUGUGCCAAAAUGAUUAAUUCUUAAUAUGCUGCUGAACUGUAAAAGACAGCAAUAAGUAUAUAUAUAUAUAUAUAUAUAUAUAUAUAUAUAUAUAUAUAUAUAUAUAUAUAUAUAUAUAUAUAUAUAUAUA